AUGAAUUGUACAUUCAAGACAGUCAAUAACCACAGCACCAUGUAUGUGCGAUGGUACAACUAUGGGACUGAGGGACUAAAGAAAGAGUUGGUGAAUGAGAGCGAUGUGCUCACAACCCUGCAUUUGGACAAUGGGUUUGCCUCUCUCACUUUGAAGAAUGCGAAUUCAUCUGAUACAGGAACCUAUGUGUGUGAGGUGGGGAUCACAGCAAGGAACCUCUCUGGGAAUGGAACAGGAACCCAAGUGACCAUCGAGAAAUUUCCCAAGCUGAUGGUGAAUCAGACCCCAGUCAAUAUCCAUGCGUCAGAAGGGUCAGAUCUCACCGUGGAGUGUAGAUUCACGGUAUGGAAUAAACACAAGACCUUGUAUGUGAAAUGGUAUAAACAUAGCGGAACUGGGGGAACGAAGAAGGAGCUGGUGAGUGAAAGAGGCGGGGGGCCAGCAGCCCUGGCUUUGGAAAAGGGUUUUGCUUCGUUCACUCUGAAGAACGUGAAUAUAACCAAUACAGGAACCUACGUGUGUGAGGUGGGGAGCACAGCGAGGAACUGGUCUGCAUCAGGAGCCGGAACCCAAGUGACCAUCACUCCUGUUGACCUGCUGGUGAAUCAGAGCCCUGCCUGUGUCAAGGAAGAGGAAGGAAAAAAGCUGACCAUAGAAUGUAGAUUCAGGGCCCUGGAGAAACCCAGCACCAAGUACUCUGUUAAAUGGUAUAAAAACGGGACCGAUGGAGACGAGAAGGAGCUGAAAAACGAAACGGGCUCAGUCACAACAACUCUAGAUUUCUCAACGGGCCUGGCUUCUCUGACCUUGACUAAAGCCAGCGUGAGUGAUUCUGGGUUCUACAGAUGUGACUUCGGUAAAAAUGGCCAUGGGAAUGGAACCAGAGUGACGAUCCAGGAUAAAAGGAGCAAUGCCUCCCACGUUGUUUUCGUCAUCCGGAUGGUUCUCGGGGCCCUUGUUAUAAUCUCGGCGGUGAUGAUUGUUGCAGAGUGCGUGAUUUCAGAGAAGAGGGCUGGUGUCAAUCGGACAAUAUGAGGAUUAGCUGUUAUAGCGUACCCUUGGAGAUGGAGCUCUCAGACACCUGUUACCCAGGCAUUCCCCCAAACACCGUGUUGACCAACCAGCCUGUCAGAUUCUGCACCUGCAAAUAAACCUUGAACAGAAGGGAGGGGAUGCUGGAUAAUUGGAAAGGGAGUUUGUGAUGUUGCAGUCUAUAUGGUUUUAUAAAAAUAUGCUAAUGAGUGAAUAUAAUGUAACUGGAAUAUUUGCUUCAUGCAAGAGGUCUCUUGUAAGGAAUCAUUACAAAGCUUCUAAUCUACUGAGUGUGUUCAUCCUAUUUGUAUAAAUGUACCACUCUUGUAUCUGAAACUAGAAAUAUGAAAUAUAACUCUGAGGGCCUAUUGUAAUUAUGCAAAGUGUGG